AUGAUACUCGAGAUGCGAUGCGUAUCAAAGGCCAUGUUAAUAUUCGUCAUGCUGGGUUUGGCAGCGAUGUCUUCCGCAUUAGACAUGCCGCUUUGCGCAAUAGAUUGCAUGUCGGCUAGUAUCAAAAGCUCGCCCUGCAUUAUGCACGAUACUUCUUGUAUCUGUGCAAAUGCCCCGUUACAGUCAAAUUUGACAGCGUGUAUCCAAGCUAGCUGCACCGUCAGGGACGGUCUAAGUAAGCCUGGGAUGGGUGCCGCUUCAAGUCUUUUGAGUGUGAGUAUGGGUAUGUUAGAGUUUUUGAGUGAGUGCUUUGCAAUUAGCAAUGAGCUAGUCUGUUCUUGUUUUACUGAACCAUCGAUUCAAGUGGUCGACGCAGGCUACGGACGUGAUAUCUGGACGAUAUCUUUUUCAAAUGUCACCCUUAUUCUCAAGUAUAAUUGGGUUGUUGAGAUGCUCUAUGUCGGCGCUGUUUCCUCAAUCAAAUUGGCUUUCCUCAGCCUUUACCUCCACAUUUUCCCAAAUCACGGACUCCGAAGUGGAAUCUACAUUACUAUGGGAAUAGUGGUCGCUUACUUCAUCGCCUUUUUCUUCGGAACUUGCCUCAACUGUUUACCUGUCUCAUAUAUCUGGACUUCAUGGACAAAUGAGACCAGGGGUAAUUGUCUAAAUUUCAAUGCCUUUGGAAUUGCGUGCGCAGUUCUCAACAUAGUCCUCGACGUGGUUGUGAUGGCCCUGCCACUUCGCGAACUUGCGAGACUGAAGCUUCGGCCAGUGAAGAAGAACCUGGUGAUGCUGAUGUUUUGUACAGGAUUUUUCAUCACGAUCGUGAGCAUCAUUCGCCUUAAGUCGGUCGUGACAUUUGCCCAUACAAGCAACGCAACAUACGAUUUUGUGCCCGUUGCAUACUGGUCGCUCAUCGAAAGUUACACAGCAGUGAUCUGUGUCAGCAUGCCAGCAAUGCGCCGCCUGUCAAAACGUCUUCUUGACCCCUGCAUUGGCAUUCCCCACUCAUCUGGGAUAGAUCCAAAGACAACUGAGAGAGAAAAGAGUUUCCAUCUUCAGCGAGUGGCCGGGCGGCACUCCCGAGGUGUCUCUCUCGGAAAAAACAUCAAGGCCUCUGUGAGCCAGGAGCCCCUGACUCGCCAAUAUUCGGAUGGGAUAGAGCUGGCCGAUGUUGUCGAAAGAUCGUGA